AACUAUUCAAAUAGAUUUCUUGUUCAUAUUCCAAGAUGGCAGCGCCCAUGAAGCUUGUUGUUAAGUGGAGUGGUCAAGAAUAUGAAUUUACCGAAGUUUCUGGUAAUGAUACAGUGAAAGAUUUGAAAGAAGCAAUUCAUGAGAAAACCGGGGUAUUACCGCAGCGGCAGAAAAUUCUUGGAUUGAAGUUUAAAGGCAAACCACCAGGAGACGAUAUCCAAUUAUGUGCUCUCAACAUCAAGCCCAACACAAAGAUAAUGAUGAUGGGGACUCGGGAGGAGACUAUCAUCGCAGCCAAUGCCAAGCCCACUGAUAUUGGUGAAGUGGUGGAUGACUUUGACAUUGAGGAUGAAGAAGUGGCUACUGAAAAUAGGGAAGAAUAUUUGCAGAAAGUGGAGCGUCGGGUCAGGGAAUAUGAGAUUAAAGUUGUGAAUGAGUCCAGGCCGGGGAAGAAACUCCUUGUACUAGACGUCGAUUACACAUUCUUUGAUCACAGGUCCGUUGCUGAGAAUGCCUUGGAACUGAUGAGACCUAACCUCCAUGAAUUCCUUACUUCUGCCUAUGAAAACUACGACAUUGCUAUCUGGUCUGCCACCAAUAUGAAAUGGAUUGAGGUCAAGAUGAGAGAACUGGGAGUUGCUGAGAAUCCAAACUACAAGAUAGCAUUCAUGGUAGACAGCCGAGCUUGCAUCACUGUACAUACCCAGAAAUAUGGUAUUAUCGAGACAAAACCCCUGGGUGUGAUUUGGGGUAAAUAUGAGCAAUACAACCCCAAGAACACCAUCAUGUUUGACGAUCUGCGAAGAAACUUCUUGAUGAAUCCUCAAAAUGGAUUAAAGAUCCGUCCUUUCCGGGAGGCCCAUAAAAACCGGUACCACGACAAGGAACUCAUGAAACUGGCCAAGUACCUCCGUGAUAUUGCACCCCUCGAUGAUUUCAGCCAUCUUAACCACAGGCACUGGGAGAGAUAUAAACCGCCAUCAACAUGAUGUUAUAGAAAGGGAUUGGGAGUUAUCAUUCAUUAUGCUUUCAAUUAAGGACAUUAACCAGAGAAUAUGGUGCAGAAACAUGGUUGUUGACUUUAAAAUCAUAUGUCCGUUUCCUCCAUCCACCGAAGGUGGUUUACAGAAAUGUUGUUAUUGGAUCAUCUGUUUGUCUGUGUUGUUUUCGUUCUUGCAAUAACUUUUUUGUGUCUCAUCUCAAGAACUGUUUAACAAAUCAUCUUCCAACAUGGCUGACUUUAAUAUUCACAUGGUGAUUAUAAUCUGAUCAGGUUUAAGGUCAACUGUUGCAAUGAUUUGAAAUGAUUUUUUUUGUAUGAAUUUUAGUCUGAACUUAGCUCCUCUGUCCCUACUAGAGAAUAAUGUUUUCUCAUAAAAGUAUGAAAGAUUUUGAGAAAAAAAUAGAAAUGAAUUGUGAAAUGUAUUAUUUGGCAAUUGUGGAGUGUUAGAAGUGUUGUAUCUGACAGACACAAUAAGAACCCACUUUUAAUAUUUUUAUGAUUCAGGCCCCUCUCCAUUUUCUGCAAUUGAACAAUGGUUAAGAAUUAGAUUCAGUCACAUUCUUUACAAGACAAUGUCUUUUACCCUGUUUCUGAAAUCUAUUUUAAUGAAUGGUAAGUUACAAGCUUCUGUUAUAAGCUACUGAAAUUCUGCAACUUCAGUAGCCAAGAACAAAUUUGUAAUGGAUUUUUAUUUAACAAGUUUGUGAAACAGGACCCUGAUGCAUAAAUUGUCACUAAGUGAUGAGUUUUCAGUCGAGGGGCUGGUUGCAGAAAGAGGUGCAAUUGAAUGCAACUCAAGAAAUCACUCCCAACUUGUCUUGCAACCAAUCAGAGACACAUAAAAUAAAGCUGGACUUUUUUGUCAGUUGCGUUGAAAUGAGAGUCUUUCUACAAUGAUUCUCAGAUGAUUUUUUUAGCGAUUAAUUUAAUGAAUUUACCAUUAUUUGGACAUUAUAUUUGGCUGUAUACUUUUCACAUUUCAUAAUGGUUGAAUAUGGAUGCAGAAAAUAUCAGUUUUUGCUAUUUCCAUUUUCAGCCCUUUUGAAAUAUGCAAUUAUUUAUUCUAAUUACUGCCCUCUGUUUGAUAAACUGCUUCCUACGAUGCUUGCAGUUUCAUGAUCGUGUAUUCUCACACUAUUCUAUUUUGCCAAGUAAACUCUUUGCAUGCUGGAUCAACUCAGAAGGGAAAAUAUUGACUAAUGUUUUUUUUUGUUCCAAUAUUUCUGUUGUAUUUUGCUUUCCUCAUUGCACCAAUGAUAGGGACAGUUAUUUUGUAGAAUGUAUUAAAGAAUUGUAACUUCAAGGACAAGUCCACCCCAACAAAAACUUGAUUUGAAUAAAAAGAGAAGAAUUCAACAAGCAUAACACUGAAAAUUU